UUCAUAGGAGACAAGAAGCUAUUAACUGAGAGCAGCUGAGAUUUGGUGCUCUGUAGAUGUGCAAAUUGUGGUCUAAGCAGCGACAUCUUCAGCUUCUGUUAGUCUCAGGAGAAGACAGUCUGGGCUGUGGGUGUAACAGGUCCUUCCAGGCUGACAGCGGAGUCAUUGCAAUGUCCACCUUCCAGUUUCCAAGUUUAUCUGCUGAAGCUCACAGAGAGACUGAAAAGUGAAGUAGUGAUGGGCUGUGUUAUGUCAGGGUGGAAAUGGCCACGAAGAACUUCUGUGGACCACGUAGCACCUGAACCCAUUUUACCCACCCUUGACCUGUCUCUUCAGCAACGUCACCUGCUAUCAGAAUCGUGGAGACUUAUUCAGCAAGAUAUCGCAAAAGUUGGAGUUAUUCUGUUUAUCAGGCUCUUUGAAACCCACCCUGAGUGUAAAGAUGUGUUUUUUCUCUUCCGUGAUGUGGAUGAUCUACAUGAACUGGCAAACAGUAAAGACCUGCGAGCCCAUGGACUCAGGGUCCUAUCAUUUGUGGAGAAGAUUGUUGCUCGGAUCGAUAAUUCUGCCCGGCUGGAAGAGCUAGCAUUGGAACUUGGAAGAAGUCACUACAGAUAUAAUGCUGCUCCUAAAUAUUAUCAGUAUGUGGGCACUGAAUUUAUUUCAGCUGUUCAUCCAAUUUUGAAAGACAAAUGGACACCAGAGCUGGAGAACGGGUGGAAGGGUCUAUUUGCCUAUAUUUGUGCAGUGAUGGAAAGAGGAUACAAGGAAGAAGAAACAAGAAGGGCAGAUGGCAAGACACGUAGCCAUAAAUUACCACAUCAGAGACAGGCCAUGGCUGUUUAGCAAAGAUGCAAGAAAUCACCCUAUGGUAUUGCACAGGGAGGUACACAGUUGUGUGUAGGCAUCAACCACUCUGGGUGGGUGUUUUUUUUAUACAGGUCCUAAUGCCAAUUCUCCAAGUUACUGCAAGGUUUGGUUAAGCAGAUGGCUCUCCGAUAUAGGGAGUCAUUCCGAGUUGUUCGCUCGUUAUUUUUUUCUCGCAACGGAGCGAUUAGUCGCUAAUGCGCAUGCGCAAUGUCCGCAGUGCGACUGCGCCAAGUAAAUUUGCUAUGCAGUUAGGUAUUUUACUCACGGCAUUACAAGGUUUUUUCUUCGUUCUGGUGAUCGUAAUGUGAUUGACAGGAAGUGGGUGUUUCUGGGCGGAAACAGGCCGUUUUAUGGGUGUGUGCGAAAAAACGCUACCGUUUCUGGGAAAAACGCGGGAGUGGCUGGAGAAACGGAGGAGUGUCUGGGCGAACGCUGGGUGUGUUUGUGACGUCAAACCAGGAACGACAAGCACUGAACUGAUCGCAGAUGCCGAGUAAGUGUGGAGCUACUCAGAAACUGCUAAGAAGUGUCUAAUCGCAAUUUUGCUAAUCUUUCGUUCGCAAUUUUGAUAAGAUAAGAUUCACUCCCAGUAGGCGGCGGCUUAGCGUGUGCAAAGCUGCUAAAAGCAGCUUGCGAGCGAACAACUCGGAAUGAGGGCCAUAGUCCACAGUAAUCAGUGUCAUCAGUGGGCAAACUAAUGGACUCUCCUGACACAGGACAGCAGGUCAUACACUAUAGCUCACUCCUAAUUGGAAACACAUUACAGAGAUCUUGACACAAUUGUCUAUAUAAUAUAC